UGUAUUCUUUCGAAUUAAUCGACCAUAAAUAUAAAUCGUAAAAAGGAAUUGACGAAUUUAAUUAAUUAUUCUAUUAGUUAAAAAAGUAAUUGAAGAUAGAAAAAGGUGAUUUAAAAUGCGUGUUAUUGCGACGUUAAUAAUCGCAGUGCUCUUCGCUGCUAACACCGUUGAUUCUAGUGUCACACUGGAUAAGGACCUGACAACGAGCUUUGAAGAAACAUGGGACAGCAACGAUUUCGUAAUUGCUAUUUCGAAUAUUAAAUUAAAGAGGAAAUCAUCGGAAGUAUCAGUCGAGACUCUUCUUGCUGUAAAAUAUGGGAAAUUGGGAACGAAAGUAGUAUUGAUGCUCGACAGACGAAACCAACAAGUGAUCCUCGAAAGUAUCAAUGAAGAUGGUCAUCAAACUUCAGAGCACAUUAACGUGGACAUUUUAACUAUGAAUUCUCCAUUAAAAAAUGUAAUCAUCAUAGUACAUCAGAGUCAGCCUGACGCUCGAAUGGAUGUUUACAUUAAUCACGCUUAUCAGGGUAAAAUACCGUUGAAGACAAGUUUUCGGGAAUUAGCAGCCAGCGAGGAAAAUCUUCUCGUAGAAGCGUUCAGAGAAAGGAGGAGCCAAGUAAAAGUAUAUCCAUUAUCCUGCAUCAUCGAUGCGAUAAAUUUGAUCGACAUAAACACGAUGUUGGAUCACUCCAAACUUAAAGAAUCGCACGGAUCGUUUGUUUUCGACGGAUUGUCUUCACCGAACAAUGAUCGAAUGCAUUUGAAAUCUGGAUCCAGGCAACAUCAUCAUCUUCAAUCGGAAAGCCGUUUUCACUUUGUUACUCGAAUGCCGGAUACGUUCGAGACUGUCGAACAAUCCGAAGAUAUCGACGGCUCAGAUAAAUUUGUUCAGACUGAUCAAGACGGUCACAAACAUUUUCAUGGAUCGAAUCAAGAGCAUCAUUUUGCUCGGCAGGAUCAAUCAGGUCGAUACAAUAAACGAUUUAACAAACACAAUCACGUUAAAUAUCAUCCCACGAGUGAUGACCUGGCUGAUCUUUCAACUCACGACGAUCAGAUAAAUCAGUGGGCAGGAGAAUUUAAUAAUUCUGAUGAAUCGGAUAUGUUGGGUGAAUCGAGCGUGAAUCAUAAAAGGAUGCCGAGAAGAGGAGACAUUGGGAUUCAAACUCUGGACGAAAGAGCUUGCCUUACGGACAGUCAUAUAGUGAAGACACUGAACGAAUUGAUCGUAGCUAUGAGGAAGGUCUGGAGAGAAAUAGAAUUAAACAGACAGGAAACCCAACACGUUCGACAAUUAAUAGAAACUUGCGCAGCCUGUCGUGUACUCCCCGUUCCACCGACGACCACGACGGCAGCUCCUCCUAGUUGCGAUUACAAGUCGCCUUGCUUCCCGGGCGUUGACUGCCGUAACACACCCCACGGGCCACAAUGUGGAGGUUGCCCGCCGAAUUAUACCGGCGAUGGAUAUCAUUGCGUGAAAAUUACUUGCGUGCACAACCCUUGCUUUCACGGUGUCCAUUGCUUCGACCACAGCGGCGAAUACAGCUGUGGAAAAUGUCCCGCUGGUUACGUAGGCGAUGGCAAACACUGUGCACGUCGUAGGAAUGGUUGCGAGUUGCAUCCUUGCUACCCGGAAGUGCAGUGUGAUCCAAUUCAUUAUCCACCAUAUUUCAGAUGUGGUACUUGCCCCAAUGGAUUCACCGGAAAUGGUUCAACGUGCGUUGACAUAAACGAAUGCGAUUUGGUACAACCUUGUCAUCCUGGAGUACGAUGUAUCAAUGAGCGUCCAGGAUUUAGAUGUGACCCUUGUCCAUCAGGAUACACUGGAUCAGUGAUAGAAGGAAUCGGUUUAGAGACUGCCAAGAGCCUUAAACAAGUUUGUGUAGACAUAAAUGAAUGUCAGAAUAAUAAUGGAGGUUGCGAUCCAUUCAUGGAAUGCAUUAAUAUGGAGGGUUCCUUCAGAUGUGGUGCUUGCAGAGCAGGCUUCAUAGGGAAUCGAUCAAUCGGCUGUCAUCCUGCACACAGUGUUUGUCCAGACUUAAGAACAGUUUGUGACGUAAACGCCGAGUGCAUCUGUAUCGAUACUAACGUAUACUCGUGUAAAUGUCGAGUUGGAUGGGCAGGAGACGGGUUGGUCUGUGAUUUGGACAGAGACAACGAUGGAAUUCCCGACAGAAAUCUCCGUUGUCACGAACGACGUUGUCGCAUGGACAACUGUCCACGGACGCCGAACAGUGGCCAAGAGGAUGCGGAUAAUGAUGGCAUAGGCGACGCCUGCGACUCGGACGCUGAUAACGAUGGGGUCUUGAAUUCUUCGGACAACUGUCCUUUAAUUUCAAACCCUGGCCAGGAGGACACUGAUCGUGAUGGUCCUGAUUCCAUCGGUGACGUCUGUGACAAUUGUCCUUUAGUGAGAAAUCCGAAACAGGAGGACACCGAUGACGAUGGAAUCGGUGACGCCUGCGACAAUGACAUGGAUAACGACGGUAUUCUGAAUAAUCAGGAUAACUGUCCGAAACUAAAGAACCAGGAUCAAGUUGACUCAGAUAUGGAUGGGAUUGGCAAUGCCUGUGACAACUGUCCCUUCGUUCACAAUCCAGAUCAAUUGGAUAGAGAUGGUGAUGGAGUAGGUGACGUUUGCGACAAUGACAAUGAUAGAGAUAGAGAUGGCGUACAAGACGAUAGAGACAACUGUCCGGACGUGGCGAAUCCAGGACAAAAUGACGAGGAUCGUGACGGUAUUGGAAACGAGUGUGACAACGAUAUAGAUAAUGAUAGAGUCCUAAAUCACGAAGACAACUGUCCUUACGUCUAUAACCCGGACCAACGACGCACUCAUCAUGAAUAUUUUGGCGACGCUUGCUGGAACGACAACGACAACGACACCGUGAUAAAUAGCCACGACAACUGUCCCAAUAACAGUUUAAUUUGGACAACAGAUUUCAGAAAAUACACUACGAUCGCUUUGGACCCAAUUGGCACCGCUCAAGAGGAUCCCGUUUGGAAGAUACACAACGAAGGAGCUGAAAUUCAACAACUUGUAAAUAGUGAUCCUGGGAUUGCUAUUGGUCCAGACAUUUUCAGUGGCGUAGACUUCGAAGGCACUUUCUUCGUCGAUGACAACGGAGAUGACGAUACCGUUGGUUUCGUUUUCUCCUAUCAGGACAAUCGUAGAUUCUACAUAGUGUCCUGGAAGAAGGGUCAACAACCUUAUUGGGUACCAACACCGUUCAGGGCAGUUGGUGAUCCUGGAAUUUUCUUGAAGCUUGUCGACUCUAACACUGGUCCUGGACCUCUUCUCAGAAACAGCCUUUGGCACAAUGAGGACACUCCCAACGAAGUGAAGAUUCUUUGGCACGAUCCGAAGAAAAUUGGUUGGAAAGAGAAAACUCCGUAUAGGUGGAACUUAUUGCACAGACCUAAGAUCGGUUUGAUCAGGUUCCAGCUCUACCAAGGCAAACAGAUUAUGGCUGAUUCAGGAAACGUGUACGACUCGACACUUAAAGGUGGAAAAUUAGGUGUCUACUGCUUCUCUCAGGAAGGCAUCACUUGGUCGAAUUUGUUGUACAUGUGCAAAGAAACUGUCCCGCAAUCGGUAUGGAACGAGUUACCGGCGAAUUUGAAGAAGGAAGUAGCUGUAGACAUGAAUAACGAAGUCAGGCCUCAUUACACUUAACAAUCUAACUAUUACGACUCGCAUUAAAGUUUCGAAAUUCGUUCCGUAACGUCGCACAAAUUUCGCCUAAAUCGUUUAAUCCAUAGACUUGGUUCGUUUUCCGUGGUCAAAACCGAAAAUAUUUCUUACGUGUAUAUGUAAAUAUUAGUUACGAUUUUAUUCGAUAUGGCGAAACUUUGUCAUUAACUAAGUUGAAACUUUUCGCAAUCUCUGUCUCUGCGAAAUUCUGACGUUUAGUUAUUAUAUUUCACUGUUACGUAAUUAAAGGACACAGCAUGACAAAUACCAUCUUAAUGAAUGUUCUGCUUAAGGAAGAGACGAGUCUAUACGAGGGAAACCUUAAAAAUAUAUCGACUAUACUUUGCGGAAUGUAUGCAACAAACGCUUAAUUCUAGUUAACAAGGGAUCGUUAGAAACUGAAUGUGCGCUUUUCGAAAGACUUUAAGAUCGAGAAAUUGAAGAAAUGUAUAUGAA